GCAAAGCAAAAGUAACUCGAUUACCACUAGCUUAGGUAUAAACAUGGCUUAUUGGUAUAACCUUUCCUUUCUUUGUGUCGUCGUUUCUUUGGUGUUGGGUGGCUUUCAUCAUUCCGCCGCCGGCAGCGGCAACACCCAAAAUCAGAUCAGAGAUAGUGAUGGUGAGGAUAUUUACAUUGUUCAUGUCAGGCCAUUCCCGGCGGCCGCCGCCAAUGGCCGCCGGUUCACCACCCUUUACCACUACCACCAAUCAUUUGUGUCCGAUCUCGUCAGCAGCACCGCCGCCGCCGGAGCAGAAUCGCCGCCGUCUCCAGUUAUACUCCACUCCUACCGCCAUGUGAUCUCCGGGUUUGCGGCAAAGCUGACGCCGGAGAUGGUGAGCGAAAUGAGCCGUAAAGAAGGGUUCGUCUCGGCUAAGCCGCAGAAAGUGUACCAUUUGCACACCACCCAUUCGCCGGAGUUCUUGGGCCUCCUCCGCCAAGACGGUGGUGGGUUGUGGGAAAAGUUUGGAAAUUAUGGGAAGGGCGUGAUAAUAGGGGUUUUAGACACCGGGAUCACCCCCGCCCAUCCCUCGUUUUCCGACGAAGGCAUGCCGUCUCUUCCGCCGAAGUGGAAGGGGAAAUGCGAGUUUAACGGGACGGCGGCGGCGGUAUGCAACAAGAAACUGAUAGGUGGAAGAAACUACGUGGUCAACGGGUCCUCCGUUGACGAAGAAGGGCACGGCACACACACCGCCAGCACAGCCGCCGGAAACUUCGUGAAGGACGCGUCCCUGCUCGGGAACGCGAAGGGAACGGCUUCUGGAAUGGCACCGCAGGCUCACGUGGCAAUGUACAAGGUGUGUGGCUCUAUUGGAUGCCUAAGCUCCGCCAUACUGGCCGGAAUCGACGACGCCAUAGAGGACGGCGUUGACGUGCUCUCCAUCUCGCUCGGAGGUUUCGGCGACCUGCCAUUCUUUGAGGACGUCAUCGCCGUCGCUGGCUUCGCUGCAACGACGAAAGGCAUUUUCGUGAGCUGUUCCGCCGGCAACGACGGCCCCACUCCACAGACAGUGUCAAAUGUGGCUCCCUGGCUUCUCACGGUAGGGGCGAGCACCAUUGACAGACGGAUCAAGGCAGCCCUCGUUCUUGGAAGCAAGGUUGAAUUAGAGGGCGAAUCAGCCGCGCAAAUGGGCAGCGCCUUACCGGCGAUGCCCUCUCUGCCUCUCGUGUACCCGGGUGGCGCCUCGUCAUCCAAGACCAACGCAACCGCCGCCGCAUUCUGUGCGUCGCUGAAUGGAACUGAUGUCAGAGGAAAAGUGGUGUUGUGUGACCGAGGAGGCGAUAUCGGUAGAGUCGAUAAGGGGAAAAUCGUGAAGGCUGCUGGUGGGGUUGCCAUGGUUCUUGUCAAUGAUAAACCCAAUGCUUACUCACUACUGGCUGAUGCUCAUGUGCUUCCUGCUACUCACUUGAGUUACAAUGAUGGGUUGAAGGUGAAAGCCUAUAUAAAUUCCACCUCAUCGCCUACGGCCACUAUCGCCUUCAAAGGCACUAUUAUAGGGGAGAAAGAUGCACCUGCAGUUGCAUCUUUCUCCUCCCGCGGGCCUAACAUUGCUAGCCCAGGAAUCCUAAAGCCAGACAUCAUCGGACCCGGGGUCAACGUUCUUGCUGCAUGGCCUGAUUCGGUGAUUGAUGAAAACAAAAUUAGGGUGACGAAUGAGAGUUCGAAAACCCCAAAGUUUAACAUGAUUUCUGGCACGUCAAUGUCAUGUCCGCACCUUAGUGGAAUUGCAGCACUACUCAAGAGCGCACACCCGACUUGGUCACCCGCUGCAAUCAAAUCCGCUAUCAUGACCACAGCCUAUCACGACAACCUCAACGGUAGCAUGAUCGCCGAUGAAACAUUGAGUCCCGCAGAUUUCUUCGCCAUAGGUGCAGGUCACGUGAACCCGGGACGAGCAAUUGAUCCCGGGCUAGUCUAUGACUUGCAACCUAAUGAUUACAUCCCUUACCUUUGCGGUCUUAAUUACACAGAUGAUCAAGUUCAUGUUAUUGUGAACAUGAAUGUUAGCUGUUCACAUUUUAGCCGCAUACCCGAGGCACAAUUGAACUACCCGUCCUUCGCUAUCCAGCUCGGGAAAACGAAGUCCAUAACAUAUUCCAGGACGGUUACCAACGUUGGGGAAGCAAACUCGGAGUACACGGCUAAAAUCACCGCAAUCCCGGGAGUUGAUGUUUUGGUUAAGCCACAAACUCUUGUCUUUCGUGAGGUGAACCAGAAACUAUCUUACAAUAUUACCUUUUCCCUAACAUCUAAAGGGUUCAAUAAUGAGAAGCAGGUUCAAGGGGCAAUUUCUUGGAUCUCUAAGAAGAACAUUGUUCGAAGUCCGAUUGGUGUUUCACUAUUGGGAUUGACAAGUAUGGUCAAUGAAGAUGUGGGGGUAUUGGAAGUGGAGUGAUUAUUUUCCCUUAAUUGGCUAACUGUUUUUCUGUUUGCCUACUGUCUUUCAUAUUGUUCCAUGACAAUAAAAUUAAUUAAUUAAGUGCACA